AUGAGUCCAUUCAAGAUAGUGGAGCAUACACUCCCAGGACAACACAUCCGCGAACAUCCCCACGCUCUCAGCGGCCGGCAAGAAGGCGUGGUGCAGCUCGCGAUCAAACAGUACAUUCCCCUCGACCAGCCUACUCCAGUGCCCGACAAUGCAGUUACUGUCAUCGGUGUGCAUGGCAAUGGCUCUCUUAAGGAAUUGUUUGAGCCACUGUGGGAGCAUUUCUAUGAGCACUUAAAGAAACGAUCGGUGCCGUUACGUGCCAUAUGGAUCGCCGAUGUCUCCAAUCAGGGGGCGAGUUAUGUCCUGAAUGAAAAGAUCAUAGGAGAUACUCCCAGUUGGUAUGACCACUCGCGCGACCUUCUACAUAUGAUCAACCACUUUCGCGAUGAGAUGCCGCGCCCAAUAAUUGGUGUCGGACAUAGCAUGGGCUGUGCUCAGCUUAUCAAUCUCUCCAUAAUCCACCCACGGCUACUUUCAACUCUGGUGCUCUACGAGCCUGUCAUCUUUGACGAAAACAUCCGUUCAGUCGUCAAUCCUGCACGAUUUGUCGCAAACAGACGGGAUCUCUGGGAAUCACGAGAUGCAGCAGAAGCCACGUUACGCAAAAGCCUGCGAAAAUGGGAUCCUCGAGUCGUCGAUCGCUAUCUAAAAUUCGGGAUCCGAUCUGUCCCAACACGACUAUACAACAAAGAGACCAACCCUGAUCUUCCUGACUCUGCGAUGACCCUCACGACUACCCGACACCAAGAGUCUUGGAGCUACACCAUCCCCAACCUGGAGCCCGAAUCGGCAGGGCUGGAUCGGCUAUUACUAGCCGACUGGGAUCCCAAGACUGAACGUCCUCUCAGUUUUGGCCGACCAGAGUGCUGGUCGUGCAUGCGUAAUCUGCCCUACCUUCGUCCCAGUGUGCUAUGGGUCUUCGGAGGUCGCAGCUAUCUCUCGCCACCGGAGGCGCAGGACUCCAAGGUUCGUUCCACUGGCACAGGUGUCGGGGGAAGCGGUGGUGCCGAUCAAGGUAUGGUGAAGAAGGUGGUUUUUGAGGAUGCAUCACACACCUUGGUGUUCGAGCAGAUUGACCAAAGCGCUGACGCGGCAGCCGAGUGGGUGCAGAGUUGGUUCCAGGGCUGGCUAGCAGAUGAAAAGCUCUUGGCUGGAUAUCAGAGUAAGAGAUCUGAGCCUGGGAUGUUCAAGGCCUCAGAGGGCAGCUUAGGGACUGCAAUGAUGCCACCUCUUUCUGAAAGGCCCAAGGGAAAGCUGUAG